GACGACCGCCAUUGCUUGUCCCUUCGAGUCCUUUGAGAUCUCUUCCGGAAGACUGGAAGCUUCCGCGCUGGCGCGGACGCGCGGUGAUGACUAUGGACCCUGCUCCGGCGGCGAACGGCGCCGCGGCCGUAGCCGGCGGAGGCAUGAAGCGGCAGGGCGGUAGAUGGUGGUACGCGGCGGCCGGUGCCCUCAUUGUGGCGCUCCUCGCCGUGGCCGUGAGCUAUUACAGCUUCCGGGGCAUCCCCUCCUCUCCACCAGGAGGCUGCGGCUGCCCUGUAAGAAUCUCUCCGUUGGCUGCAAGGAAGUACACCGGAAUGGUGGAGGACUGCUGCUGCGACUAUGAGACGGUGGACGCCAUCAAUGAGGAGGUUCUGCAUCCGAUCCUACAGGAACUUGUUAAGUUGCCGUUCUUCAGGUACUUCAAGGUUAAAUUGUGGUGUGAUUGCCCUUUUUGGCCUGAUGAUGGAAUGUGCAAGCUUAGAGAUUGUAGUGUCUGUGAGUGCCCAGAGAAUGAGAUCCCUGAACCAUUCAAGAAAUCUUACAGUGGACUUUCUCCAGAUAGUAUGAUAUGCCAAGAAGGAAAACCACAGGCUACCAUUGAUAAAACCCUUGACAGCAAGGUUUUCAAAAUAUGGGUUGAAACUGACAAUCCGUGGACAUCUGAUGACGAGGCUGAUAGUAAAGAGAUGGCUUACGUGAAUCUUCAACUGAAUCCUGAACGAUACACUGGCUAUACUGGUGAUUCAGCAAGAAGGAUAUGGGAUGCUAUUUACAAAGAGAACUGUCCAAAAUAUCCCUCUGAAGAACUGUGCCAUGAGAAGAAGGCAUUGUACAAGCUUAUUUCAGGGUUGCACUCCUCAAUUUCAGUGCAUAUUGCUUACGAUUAUCUUCUUGAUGAAUCUACUAACUCAUGGGGACAAAAUCUUCCUUUGCUGUAUGACCGUGUCCUGAAGUACCCAGAGCGUGUCCAGAAUCUGUACUUCACCUACCUGUUUGUUCUUCGGGCCGUGACAAAGGCAGCAGAUUAUCUCGAGCAAGCUGAUUACAAUACUGGUAAUCCUGAAGACGACUGGAAAACACGAUCUCUUGUGAAGCAAUUGCUUUACAAUUCAAAGUUAAGAUCUGCAUGUCCAUUGCCUUUUGAUGAAGCCAAACUCUGGCAAGGUGAAAAUGGUCCUGAACUAAAGCAAGAGAUUCAGAAGCAAUUUAGAAACAUUAGCGCAAUUAUGGACUGUAUUGGAUGCGAGAAGUGCCGGCUGUGGGGAAAGCUCCAAGUUCUUGGUCUUGGAACUGCACUGAAAAUUCUUUUCUCUGUCAAUGGAGACAGCCAUUUGAAUCAGCCAUUGCAGCUUCAGCGAAAUGAGGUCAUUGCAUUGUUCAAUCUUCUGAAUAGGCUCUCAGAGUCUGUCAAAUUUGUACAUGAAAAAGGAUCGUCAAUUGAAGAAGUCAUCAAGGAACAGAGCCCUUCAACCCUUCAAAAGGGUGGUUCUAAGCCGAAUGUUAAACUGGACUUUCUCUGAGAUGUAAGAGUGUAAUUUGUAGUUACACGGACAUGCCGGUAGAUUAACAUAUAAUGUACAGAUGUACUGAAAGGUUAACAUGAGAUGGAAGCUGUUUCCAAUACUUCAAGAGAAUGAGAGAUACAGAUUCUUUCGAGCUAAAUGCAAUGGCAGAGUUAACCUAGUUUUUUUUCCCCUUCCUUUCAUUUUGGUGGGUUCCGGGCCCUUAAUUUUUUUUCCAUAAGUGAUUAAGUGUCCCUCCGUUGUAAAGGAUCUCACCAUCUCUACGUUCGCCAUGAUCGAGAGGAUCGCCUAAUACCCUUUUUCACUUUGUACUAACUGUGGUCACCUAACCGCUAAACAGCUAACAAGCAAAAACUUUUUUGUCAGUCUAUUCAUCCUCUUAAGAAAAGGUAUAAUGUAUUUCUUAA